GUGCGCUUGUUUGUAAACAUUGUAAACUUGAAAUUGAAUUUUUACCGGUUUUUAUAAAAUAUUUAUGCAAUAAAUCACAUAAACUUAAAUUUCUAACGUCCAUUACAAUGGAUUAUGUGGCUACAGUCGACUUAUCUUCUGAUGAUAAUGCAAGUGCUAACGACAAUGAAGAUGAUUUCCUACCUGAAAUAAAUGUUGUGUCGACUUCAAGCAGUCAAAAUGGGAGUCAGGAAACCUACACAAGUUCAACCAGUGGACCAAGCAGUCAAAUUGCAGCAAAAACUAAGAAACAACUGUUGGAAGAAAGAAGAAGAGAGAGAGCUCUCGCUAAACAAAACAAUAAGAUCUACAAGCCGGGGGAGUGUAUGAAACACAUGCAUAUUGAGAUGCACCCGGGGCUGCUGGCCACGUGGUACUGCGCCGACAUCCCCCGAGAGCUUGGGGCCGCCGGGGCUCACCUUAAGUCCUCCCCCGCACUGUGGGACACCUCGCUGGUGCUUUGGAGUCGCUCCGUGGAUCCUGUGUUGACUAAUGCUGGGGGAAUGGUGGGGCUAUCAGCGAGCCAGGAGCGCUGCGACCGCGGUCUGUAUGUGUGCACGGCGGAGGAGGUGGCGCCGCACGUGGAGGCGCACACCCUGGCCUCGCACAUGGCCACUGUCGAGGACCUGGCUGGCUGCAAGCUGACCCUGGUCAUGUUCGGGAUCAAAGAUUAUUUUAAAUCUUCUGGUCGCAAAACUAACAACAGCAGCCGAAAACUGAUGAACGAGAUUGACCUGGAGAUGGCCAUUACAGACCUGCUAGUGUCGGCGCAGAUCGACGCGCUGCUGGUGAACACGCCCAGCGAGCUCGCGCUGACCGUGUUGCAGUUCACUAAGGCCAUCGCCGAGGCGCCCUACAAGAAGGCGAAGCGCGCUUUCGACGAACAAGCGGAUUUUUACAUGAAGGGGGACAAUAAGAAAUGCGUAGCCGUCGACGGAGACGGUAACGGCGUGACGCGGCUGUGGCAGCAGAUGCUGGCGGUGCUGCCGCAGUCCUCGCUGCAGACCGCGCGCUCGCUGGCACGGCGAUACGCCCUGCCCAAAGCGCUGUACGAGGCUUUGCAGGUGCCAGGCGGCGUGGAGGCGGUGGCGGGCGCGGGGGUGACGCGGGCGGCGGGGGGCGGGGCGCGAGCGCUCGGACCGCAGUUCGCGCGCAAACUGCACACGCUCUUCACGGCGGAGGAUGGAGACCUACUGAUUGACUGACUCGACUGAACUAGAUUAUAAUAAAACUAGAUAAUGAUAUAAAUAAUUACUGUAUAAUAUUAUG